AUGCAGACGUCAUCGCUCCGCCGCCAGGUGAAGAACAUGGUCAACCAAUACUCAGAGGCAGAGAUCAAGGUUUGUUGUUGUGCUCAUUGUUUUUUGCUGUUUAACAUGUUUAUGGUUACCUGUAUAUAUUGUAAAGCUUCUUUGGGUCUGAGAAACGCGCCAUCAUAUAUCAUUCUUAUAUAUUCUACUUUAUAAUUGAUCUUAGGCCGGGAUUCAAAUCGAUCGUGCUUUUGUUGGUGCUUUUAAAAGCAAUGUUUGCGGAGACUGCAUUCACAGUGAACGAUGCAUAUGGCGGGCUCAUUCGGAAAUUACUUUUUAAAUGGCGCAUAGCUGACAAAAUGAGAUCAGCCUGAAUUAUAUUUUAUCAAACUAAAUAUGUAUUAAUAUUAUUAUUUUAAGGUCCGCGAGGCGACCUCCAAUGACCCGUGGGGUCCCCCCUCCUCUCUGAUGUCAGAGAUCGCUGACCUGACCUUCAACGUGGUUGCGUUCACUGAGGUCAUGGGCAUGAUCUGGAAACGCCUCAAUGACAGCGGGAAGAACUGGAGACACGUCUACAAGGUCAACAUUCACCUGUUUUUCCUGGCUUCGGAAACUAACUGUUUUCUCUAUGAUAUUUACUAUAUACAAUUGUUAGUGUUCCUUCAUUCAAAUAUCCUGUUCCUGUGUAUUUUGUAAACAUUUUAAUCAUCAUUCUGCUUUUAUUGUUUAACGCUUUGCUUUGUCUUUUUAUCUACUGUUAGAUUUGAGCGGUGUCUGUUUUUUUGUCUUUGUCUUUUUAUUUACUGUUAGAUUUGAGCGGUGUCUGUUUUUUUGUCUUUGUCUUUUUAUUUACUGUUAGAUUUGAGCGGUGUCUGUUUUUUUGUCUUUGUCUUUUUAUCUACUGUUAGAUUUGAGCGGUGUCUGUUUUUUGUCUUUGUCUUUUUAUCUACUGUUAGAUUUGAACGGUGUCUGUUUUUUGUCUUUGUCUUUUUAUCUACUGUUAGAUUUGAGCGGUGUCUGUUUUUUGUCUUUGUCUUUUUAUUUACUGUUAGAUUUGAGCGGUGUCUGUUUUUUUGUCUUUGUCUUUUUAUUUACUGUUAGAUUUGAGAGGUGUCUGUUUUUUUGUCUUUGUCUUUUUAUUUACUGUUAGAUUUGAGCGGUGUCUAUUUUUUUGUCUUUGUCUUUUUAUCUACUGUUAGAUUUGAGCGGUGUCUGUUUUUUUGGCUUUGUCUUUUUAUCUACUGUUAGAUUUGAGCGGUGUCUGUUUUUUGUCUUUGUCUUUUUAUUUACUGUUAGAUUUGAGAGGUGUCUGUUUUUUUGUCUUUUUAUUUACUGUUAGAUUUGAGGGGUGUCUGUUUUUUUGUCUUUGUCUUUUUAUCUACUGUUAGAUUUGAGCGGUGUCUGUUUUUUUGUCUUUGUCUUUUUAUCUACUGUUAGAUUUGAGCGGUGUCUGUUUUUUGUCUUUGUCUUUUUAUUUACUGUUAGAUUUGAGAGGUGUCUGUUUUUUUGUCUUUUUAUUUACUGUUAGAUUUGAGGGGUGUCUGUUUUUUUGUCUUUGUCUUUUUAUUUACUGUUAGAUUUGAGCGGUGUCUGUUUUUUGGCUUUGUCUUUUUAUCUACUGUUAGAUUUGAGCGGUGUCUGUUUUUUUGGCUUUGUCUUUUUAUCUACUGUUAGAUUUGAGCGGUGUCUGUUUUUUGUCUUUGUCUUUUUAUUUACUGUUAGAUUUGAGAGGUGUCUGUUUUUUUGUCUUUGUCUUUUUAUUUACUGUUAGAUUUGAGCGGUGUCUGUUUUUUUGUCUGUCUUUUUAUUUACUGUUAGAUUUGAGCGGUGUCUGUUUUUUUGUCUUUGUCUUUUUAUUUACUGUUAGAUUUGAGAGGUGUCUGUUUUUUUGUCUUUGUCUUUUUAUUUACUGUUAGAUUUGAGCGGUGUCUAUUUUUUUGUCUUUGUCUUUUUAUUUACUGUUAGAUUUGAGCGGUGUCUGUUUUUUUGUCUUUGUCUUUUUAUCUACUGUUAGAUUUGAGCGGUGUCUGUUUUUUUGGCUUUGUCUUUUUAUUUACUGUUAGAUUUGAGAGGUGUCUGUUUUUUUGUCUUUGUCUUUUUAUUUACUGUUAGAUUUGAGCGGUGUCUGUUUUUUUUGGCUUUGUCUUUAUCUACUGUUAGAUUUGAGCGGUGUCUGUUUUUUUGUCUUUUUAUUUACUGUUAGAUUUGAGCGGUGUCUGUUUUUUUGUCUUUGUCUUUUUAUUUACUGUUAGAUUUGAGCGGUGUCUGUUUUUUUGGCUUUGUCUUUUUAUUUACUGUUAGAUGAGAGGUGUCUGUUUUUUUGUCUUUGUCUUUUUAUUUACUGUUAGAUUUGAGCGGUGUCUGUUUUUUUGUCUUUGUCUUUUUAUUUACUGUUAGAUUUGAGCGGUGUCUGUUUUUUUGUCUUUGUCUUUUUAUUUACUGUUAGAUUUGAGCGGUGUCUGUUUUUUUGUCUUUGUCUUUUUAUUUACUGUUAGAUUUGAGCGGUGUCUAUUUUUUUGUCUUUGUCUUUUUAUCUACUGUUAGAUUUGAGCGGUGUCUGUUUUUUGGCUUUGUCUUUUUAUCUACUGUUAGAUUUGAGCGGUGUCUGUUUUUUGGCUUUGUCUUUUUAUCUGCUGUUAGAUUUGAGCGGUGUCUGUUUUUUGGCUUUGUCUUUUUAUCUACUGUUAGAUUUGAGCGGUAUCUGUUUUUUUGGCUUUGUCUUUUUAUCUACUGUUAGAUUUGAGCGGUGUCUGUUUUUUUGGCUUUGUCUUUUUAUUUACUGUUAGAUUUGAGCGGUGUCUGUUUUUUUUGGCUUUGUCUUUAUCUACUGUUAGAUUUGAGCGGUGUCUGUUUUUUUGUCUUUUUAUUUACUGUUAGAUUUGAGCGGUGUCUGUUUUUUGGCUUUGUCUUUUUAUCUACUGUUAGAUUUGAGCGGUGUCUAUUUUUUUGUCUUUGUCUUUUUAUUUACUGUUAGAUUUGAGCGGUGUCUGUUUUUUUGUCUCUGUCUUUUUAUUUGCUGUUAGAUUUGAGCGGUGUCUGUUUUUUGUCUUUGUCUUUUUAUCUACUGUUAGAUUUGAGCGGUGUCUGUUUGAAAUGUGUAUAAGAGAAGUGUAUUAUUAUUUUAUUACUAGGCCCUGACGCUACUCGACUACCUGAUCAAAACGGGCUCGGAACGCGUGGCGCAGCAGUGCAGGGAGAACGUCUACACCAUACAGGUUAGAUCGACGGUUCGAAUCCCGAGUCUGUCGGGAGAAAUGACUUUGGAGUGCACUGAGCUGGCUUCUGAAGGGUUUCUUUCUCCGGGGGUUGGGUUGAAACCAAAAAAACUAAUCUGCAAAAAAAGUAUAAUAAAUAAUAUCUUCUUCCUCUUCCUCCUCUUCCUCGUCUUCCUCUCUAGACCCUACGGGACUUCCAGUUCACAGACAGAGAUGGCAGGGACCAGGGGGUCAACGUUAGGGAGAAGGCCAAGCAGAUGGUGGCCCUGAUGAGGGAUGAGGAGAGGCUGAAGCAGGUAUGACAUGGCACCAGUUUGUUUGGUUUUGUUGUUUGUAUGUCUGCUUCUGUUUGACAUGAAGGGGUGGUUUCCCAGACAUAGAUUAAGUCUAGUCCUAGACUUCUGUUUGACAUGAAGGGGUGGUUUCCCAGACACAGAUUAAGCCUAGUCUGAGACUUCUGUUUGACAUGAAGGGGUGGUUUCCCAGACAUAGAUUAAGUCUAGUCCUAGACUUCUGUUUGACAUGAAGGGGUGGUUUCCCAGACACAGAUUAAGCCUAGUCCUAGACUUCUGUUUGAUAUGAAGGGGUGGUUUCCCAGACAUAGAUUAAGCCUAGUCCUGCACUUCUGUUUGACAUGAAGGGGUGGUUUCCCAGACACAGAUUAAGCCUAGUCCUGUACUUCUGUUUGACACGAAGGGGUGGUUUCCCAGACACAGAUUAAGCCUAGUCCUAGACUUAAACACGUGGAGAUUCUCCAUUGAUCUGUUUUUUUUUUGUCCCGGACUAGGCUUAAUCUGUGUCCAGGAAACUGGUCCUUAAUGUCCCCAUCAGUGAUGAAUAAAAUACCUAUCUAAAUACCUAGCUAUCUAUUUCUCUAGGAGAGGACCCUGGCCCUGAAGACCAAGGAGAGGAUGGCUGCAGCAGCCGCAGGGUCAGGGAUGGGCUCUGGCUCUCUGCCUCCACCGUACCCAGGCCGCCGCACCAGCCAGCCCAGCAUGACUGCUCUCUACGGGGAUGACUUCAGC